AUGGGCAAUCAACCAUACCAACAAAUCCCAAUAGAAUCUGAUCCAGAAUCAAUACAACAGCAGAAUAAUAAUAAUAAUAAUAAUAAUAAUAUUAAUAAUAAUAAUAAUAAUGCUAACUAUAUAAAUGCCACACCAAUUCAUUACCAACAACAGCAACACUAUGUCUAUAACAUUAAUAGAUUCCAAGACUUUUAUAUUAAAAAGAAUCCAGGUUAUCUUGACUUUCUUCAUGGUUUUGAUGAAAGCUAUCCAAUUGAUAUUGCAAAUAAAUUUAGUAAUACUAUGAACCAAUCCAACUACAUACAACUUAUUCAAAAUCUAAAUUCAAUUUGCAAACCAGAUCAAGAAAAAUUAAAAAGAAACUCAAUAAUUAUUAUUAUCAUAUUUUUUGUAUCAUUCUUUUUCUUUUUACCAAUUGGAUUUUUAUUGGACGUUGUUUUAUUCGUUAUAAUAUCCUCAUUCUUAUUUAGAAUUGACAGUCAAAUGGAAGUUUUUAUUUCAAAUUAUAACUCUGCAAAUAUUUCCAAUGGUAUCAGUAUUGUAUAUAUUAAAUCAAUUUUUAAAAGAGAAAUUAAGCUAUCACUAAUUGAAAAUCAAUCAAGUUCUCAAACAAAUAUUAUUAAUAUGAAUAAUAACUAUGAUGGUAGCAGCAACAACAAUAAUUUAUAUAUUAUCCCACAACAACAACCACAACAACAACAACAGAAUAAUACUGACAAUGAUGAUCCAAAAAUUAAUUUAAUUGAUUAAUUAUAAUCAAAGUUUUAUUUCUAUUAAUCAGUUUAUUAAUAAAAAAUCAUAAAAGCUUUUUUUUUUUCCC